AUGGCUUCCUCUACAAAUCAAGAACUGGAUGAAGAAGUUUUGAUACGGUUUCUGAAUGCCAAUUUCGGCGACAAUAAACGCUGCUUACAAAAUGUUGAAAGCUUAAGGAAAGACGUGGAAAGUAAAAUAUCUCUGUUAAAAAACAAGCUGUCUUUAGCCCGGACUGAAAUACCCAGUGAAAUUGAACGAGUCCAAAACAUUGUGGAGUCUACAUCAGACCAGAUCAGCAGGCUGGAACACACACUGGAGACAGUUCAGCAUGAAGUGCUUGACCAUACACAUGCCAUUAAACCAAUGGUGGUGGAGCUGGGGGCUUUGAUCAACAGGAUGCAGGAAGUGCAAAGAUAUGCACAUUACUUGAGUACAGUUGUCAAGAUUGAGGAUAUAAGCUCGCAGAUUCAAGCGUCACUUAUGACCGAGUCUUUAGAUUCAGCCGUUGACAACUUCACCGAAAUAACACAACUUUACAAUUUGUUGCACAAAUCAUCUUGUCGUAAUCUGGUCAAAUAUGUGAAGGAGACAAUUUUAUUCUGGAAUAAAAUCCUGCAGGAUAGAAUUGCUGUCGAGUUUGAGGAAGUCUUGAAAGCGCUUAGAUGGCCUCUGGUGGUGACCACAAUGAAGGCACCAACUGUAACCAAUGUGGUGGAGCUGAAAGAACGCAUGGGAAGAUUGUUCAAGAAACUGCUCAACCUGCAACUGCCAGAUAGCAUUGGUCUGGAGAAUUCUGGAGUAGAUCCUCUUCUCCUGAAAAUUGGUGGCAUUAAACCAUUGCUGCUUCCCUUGGAACUGAUGCUGAAACCACUGAAGAAGAGAUUCCGGUACCAUUUCUAUGGACAGAAGCAGACAAACAGUCUUGACAAGCCAGAAUGGUACCUGACACAAGUUCUGAGCUGGAUCCGAGAUCACUCAGACUUCCUUGAGAGAAAUAUUCAACCGUUGUUGGAUGAGUCUGGAAGGAAAGAUAUUUGUGCACGGACGGAAUUAACACGAGGCCUCGUUAUGAUUGUGAUGGAAAAGAUUGGACAUGAUUUGCCGCAGCUUGUUUUUGAUGAUGCCAGUUUUUCCCACCUGAUCGAUGAAGUGCUGCUGUUUGACAGCGAGGUCAGGAACACAUACUCCUACCCUCCUAUUCUUCCAGGAUGUCUGGAUAUUCUCUGCCUGCCUGAGGCACUAACAAAAUGGUUGCUUAUGGAGAAAAAAUUUGCAUUACAGAAAAUAGAACAAAUGCUUCAGUCUCCCAGUUGCUGGCACUCACAGUACAAAGAUAUCGCAGACCUUGAUGAAGUCAGAGCUCCAGAAUGUGCUGAGAGCUUCAUGACUCUGCUGCACACGAUCACAGAUCGUUAUAGGAGACUGCCAGUGUCCGAUGCCAAGCUCCAGUUUCUGGGUCUGCAGUUGGAACUGCUAGAAGACUUCCGCAUGCGUCUGGUGCAGGUCAUGAAAGAGGCUUCCUCUGCCCCUACUGGCCCAGUGUACUGUGCAGUUCUCAAUGCCGUGCACUAUAUUUCACAAGUGCUGAAAGAAUGGAGUGAACUUACGUUUUUCCUUCAAUUGUUGUGCUACAAGAAUAAUCGGUCUUUAAAAACGUCCUGGACAGAGGCAUCUUCUGGGACGCAGAAAUCACAAAUGUCUCAGAGCAUUGGACAUUCUGGGGACCAGAUGGCUGGUUUAGAGUUUGGGGAAGAUGACGAUUUGGAGAACGUGCUGGCUGGUAUCACAGAUCUCUUAGUGCAGCACACAGUGUUUGAAGAGAUCACAUCCCUGUUUGAAAGUAUGGAGUCAGACAUGAUCAGAUCAGCAUGCCAUUAUGUUUUCAUUGAUGUCCAGGCCAGAAGUUUGCCAUACAGGAGAGACAG